GACUAUUAGGACUUUGGGUCACGCUGCAGGCCUUACCCACACACCACUGGUUAGGUUCAACACACAAGCCAAGGCACUGCCACCUCACCACCACAUGAUGAACAGUGGAGUAACCUACCAGGACAGCCAAGCCAACAUGGAUGCGCAGCGCCGUGGUCGUAGCCGUGCUGGUGGUGGUGGCCCUCGCAGCCCUACUCACCCAAGGGCAGGAGCUCAAGUACCAAGAGCGUGAGAUGGUGGCGGAGCUGGCGCAGCAAAUCUACCGCGUGGCGCAGGCUCCGUGGGCGGCCGCCGUUGGUCCCCACAAGCGCAACUCUGAGCUCAUCAACUCCAUCCUGGGACUGCCCAAGGUGAUGAACGACGCCGGCAGGAGAUAAGUUGUCCACUCUGUCCCCACCACACCACCUUUCCAACUCGACCCUCCACCUUCUGCCGGGAACAGGACGAGGCCAGCGGGCGCGUAGAGCAUCACCAUCUCCGGGCGACACCAUCACUUCCUGUCAAUUGUUUAGUCAGUCAUGUAAUCAAUCAGUUAGUCAGUCAACCAGUCAGCGAACGUCGGCCUCUCAUGUACCUUGAGUGGACUCAUUAAAAGCAUAUAGAAUAGUA